AUGGAAAAGAAGAUUACUUCUUCUUCCCCCUUCGCCAAACCAUAUCCAUGGGCCAUCACCCUCCUCCUCCUCCCCCCUUCGCUCCUCGCCCUCUCCUACCUCCUUCCCUAUUCCGCUGACCUCCGCCUCCCAUUCAUCGUCACCUCCUGCGGCGGCCCCUCCCCGACCGCCACCACCAAGGCCACCCCAACAGCUGAACCCGAUUUCCGCCUCCUCAUCGGCAUCCACACCGUCCCCGCCAAGUACCACCGCCGCCACGCCCUCCGCCUCGCCUACUUCCUCCAGCAGCAACCUACUGCCUCCCCCAUGGCUCGCGUCAGCAUCCGCUUCAUCCUCUGCAACGUCGCCAAAGAAGAAGACCAGCUCAUCGUCGCCCUCGAGAUCAUGCACCACGACGACAUCAUCAUCCUCAACUGCACUGAAAGCGCGGAGCGGGGUAAGACCUACACGUACUUCUCCAGUCUCCCUGCCAUGUUCGAAGGUGGCGAACGGCCACCUUACGACUACGUCAUGAAGACGGACGACGACACGUACCUACGGCUUGACGAGUUGGUUAAGUCUCUUAAGGGCAAGGCGAAACGCAAUGUGUACUACGGAACGGGUCUACCGUUCCAAGAUAGGGAGCACCCUCCCUUCAUGCUGGGGAUGGGGUAUAUACUAUCGUGGGACUUGGUGGAGUGGAUCGCAUCAUCGGAAAUAGCGAGAAAUGAGCCGAACGGGAUCGAGGAUACGUUAACGGGGAAGUGGUUGAAUAGCGGGGACAAGGCGAGGGUAAGGUAUAACAUGUUCCCUAAGAUGUAUGAUUACAGAGGGGGAGAAGGGAAUGAUUUUGAGGCGGAAACCAUUGCGGUGCAUCAGUUAAAGGAGGACUUGAGGCUGGUGAGGACGUUGAAACACUUCAAUGUUACCACGGGGCUCAAGGCUUCAAAGCUCUACCAUAUUCCUUAA